GAGACACAAAAUACACUCUAAAGAAAAAAGAAAAAAACUAGAUCACUCCGAAGUAGGUACUCAAAGGUUUUCAAAACCCCCCCCCAAAAAUGAAAAGCACUUGGUUUUGCUAAAAGAAAAUGAAGAUCCACCCAAAUAAGAUACUUUUUCCUAUAAUUCUCUCCAUAGCUUACUUGCUAUUAUGUCCGAAUACAGAUGCGGCACAGAGUAAGCUAACCGGAUUGCCUUCCCAGAGAUCACAAAGACAAGCCGCAGGACCUCUUCCCAUUGAUUGUCACCUGAGCACAUGGUCACAAUGGACACAAUGCUUUCCUUGCCAAGAAAAACGAUUCAGAUCAAGGCAACUGGUACAACCAGCCAAAUAUGAAGGGAGAAUGUGUACUGGUAAUAUCUGGGACAGAGAAGCAUGUGAACCAAGAGAACCAUGUGAUGUGGAACAAAGCUGUGGAAAUGACUUUCAGUGUCAGGAGACAGGGCGCUGCAUUAAACGUCACCUAGUAUGCAAUGGAGAGCUUGACUGCAGGGAUGGAUCUGAUGAAACUGAUUGUGAUGGUGCUGUAAGUACAUGUGAAUAUCCAGAUCCAGUCCCAGGAAUUGAACGAGUUUCAAGUGGAUUCAACAUCCUUACACAAAAGCCAGCACUAUUAGUCUAUGACCCUAAGUACUUUGGGGGCCAGUGUGAAACUGUUUAUAAUGGAGAAUGGCGAGAGCUGAAGUAUGAUUCGACAUGUGAACAUUUGUAUUAUGGCGAUGAUGAGAAAUAUUUUCGAAAAUCCUACAAUGUUCACUUCUAUCAAUUUCUAGCUCAGGCUGAUACUGGUGUCUCUUCAGAAUAUUAUGAUGAUUCUGCAGAGUUACUGAGGGCCAUCAAAAAAGACACCUCUAGAAAUGUUGGUUUUACAGUUGGCAUAGGACCUGCUAGCGUUCCUGUGUCUCUGGAACUGGGCUUAACUUUAUCAAAGGCUUCAGGGACCCUGAACAAUUUUACUCAAUACAAAGAAAAGAAUGUAGGAUUUAUUAGAGCCAAAACUAAAGUACAAACAGCACGUUUCAAGAUGAGACGUGAUAAUAUAUACUUGGAUGAAGACAUGUUGCAGUCUCUGAUAGAGCUCCCAGAGGAAUACAAUUACGGGAUGUACAGCAGAUUUAUUGAUGAUUAUGGCACCCAUUUCAUGACAUCUGGAACUAUUGGAGGCAUCUUUGAAUACAUCCUUGUUGUGAACAAAGACAAAAUGACGAGCUCAGAAAUUAAAAAGGAUUAUGUAAAUAGCUGUUUUGGGGCUUCGAUUGGCUUAAGUUUUCCAUUUCAAGAAACUCUGGAUGUAAAUACCAAGGUGAACUUCAAUAAAUGUGGCUCAGCUGGAGGCAUGGGCGGAGAGGACAAGGAAAAAAAGUCAGUAAUAGAAGAUAUUAUUCCUCGGGUUGAAGGUGGAGAUGCUUCAUCCAUUGCCAGAAUCAUGGAAAAUAAGAGUUCUGUAGCAUACCGCUACUGGGGGAGGUCAUUAAAACUUAAUCCCACCAUUAUUGAUUUUGAGCUGCAGCCCAUACAUGAAUUAUUGUCUAGGACAAGCCUUGGUAAUAUGGAAACCAAGAGGAGGAACUUGAAAAGGGCUUUAGAUCAGUAUUUACUGGAAUUCAAUACCUGCCGUUGUGGUCCCUGUAAGAACAAUGGUGAACCAAUCCUCCUGGGAACUACCUGUUUUUGUGAGUGCAAGCAAGGCUACCUAGGCCCAGACUGUGGAGAAACAAAGAGGACAGGAUAUCCAGUCCAAGGUAGCUGGAGUUGCUGGACUCCAUGGGCAGCUUGUCAAAGUGGAUCUAGAAGCCGCACAAGACAAUGUGCAAAUCCACCUCCGGAAAAUGGUGGAACAACUUGCCCAGGCAGGAAUAUCCAGACAGAGGCAUGUUAAUAACUAGUAACACUAUAAGUGGAUUAAUGGAUUGUGCAACCAGAGGGAAAAAUGUUGGGAGCUCUGAUACAAAUAGACUCAAAACAAAUGGGCCCUAAAUACUUACUUACCUUUAGGACAGUGGAAAAUCCCAGUAGCAAGACUAUAAAGAAAAAGAAAUUUAAUGUUUUGUACACUUUGUACACAAGAAUUGAAUCUAUAGUAAUUAUUUGUGUUGAAUGCAGAAGUCCGUCAUAAGGAAGAUAUUUUUGUUCUGCACAAAAUUUAAAGCAAAAAAUUGGUCAUGUUGCGGGUCCUGUAAUAUUACUGACUAACAUGUUGGGACAAUUCAGAGAAUUCCUCUUCAUGUGUACGAUACAAAACAGAAUGUGCUUCCUUCCCAGAAUUGUCUAUUUUACUACCAAGGCAACCAAAAAUGUUAUUUUUUUUCCUGCUUACUGGACAAAAUUUGUUCCCAAAGUAAGAUGUAACAAUUAGGUCCAAAAUUAUGAGGAUUCUUCUCGUCAUCAUAUGAUUUUUUUUUUUUUGAAGCUCACUACUACAGCUACAAUUCAAGAGCUGAUCAUUUACAAUACAGCCUUUUAAAUUCAGAUAAACCAGUUUCUAAAACAAAGCAGUCCUUUCUGUAUAACUAAGGUGAUAAAUUGCCUCUGGAUAUAAAUCCUCUAUACAUUCUGUUGCUUAGGUAGCCUUAGCUUUUUAAACAACAGCAAUAGUAAUAAUACUUUGGUGUAACACUUUUCAAACUUCAGGAAUUGUAAAAACCACACCUGUGGGUCAGAAUUCAAGCAACUGUUAUAGCUGUCAAAUCAAAGCACAAUUAUUAAUUCAGAGAUCCAGCCAUGAAAUAUUAAGGGAAGUUAGGCAUUUCUUUAACCGUAGUAGAUCUAUUCAAAUUGUUACAAACUAAAUCAAAUAAAAGCAUUUUGGAAAACAGUG